AUGAGGCGCGCUCCGACGGCGCCCGGCGGCUUGUGGGCGCUGCUGCUGCUGCUGCUGCUGCUGCUGCCGGGCGUGUCGCUGGCCUGCCGCUCGCCCAGCCCGCGCGCCCUGCAGGCCCAGGCGCACUCGGCCGCCGUGGUGCUGGAGGGGAAGGUGCAGGCGCUGGCGGCGGCGGCGGCGGCAGGCGGGGGCAACGGCAGCGAGGCGGCGGCGGCGGCGGCGCUGCCCGCGGGCCCGCUGCUGGUGAAGGUGCUGGACGUGUGGCCCCUGCGCAGCGGCGGCCUGCAGCGGCAGCAGCUGAUCCGCGUGGGCGCGCCGGCGGCCCCCUGCUUCCAGGCGCGCCGCGACCGGCGCUACAUCUUCUUCCUGGAGCCCACCGAGCAGCCGCUGCUCUUCGCGCCCGCCUUCGCGCCCCUCGACGCCGCCGGCGGCCGCAACCUCAAGAAGGACGUGGCCCGCGCGCUCUGCGCCGACUGCGCCGUCCCUCCCAAACUAAAGAAACUGAAGAGUCUCAGCGUGGAAGUGGGGGCGAAGGUUUCUUUGAAAUGCGAAGCCAGCGCUGGGAAUCCCCAGCCGUCCUACAAAUGGUUCAAAGAUGGCAAAGAGCUGAAAAAGAGCAAAGACGUCAGGAUCAAAUACGGGAAUGGAAAAAAAAAUUCCAGAUUGCAGUUGAAUAGGGUGAGAGUAGAAGAUGCAGGAGAAUAUAGCUGUGAAGCAGAGAACGGGCUAGGCAGGGACGCAGUCAAAGGCACCAUCAGUGUGAAAAGUGUAAGUACAACUCUGUCCUCUGGGCCCGGACAUACUAGACAGUGCAACGAAACAGUCAAGUCCUAUUGUGUCAACGGUGGAGUGUGCUACUACAUUGAAGGCAUCAAUCAAUUGUCCUGCAGGAUGUUUGAGAUGGGCUCCAUUCUCUUUUAUUCUCUUGAAAAAUUGUUUGAUAUUUCUGUCUUUGAAAGUACCAUCAGGCAGAGGUGGAUUGGAACGUUCAAAGAGCCCUGGAGCAAACUGAACCAUAUGGUCCACGUGGUCUUGGCAGGGAUGUUCUCCUCGUCUGAGGCCCCGGUCUUUGGGGCGCUCAAUGCGGUCAGCCGCCUCAACCACAAGGUGCCUCCCCCAAGGGGUGAGGGCAGCCCUCACUCUCAGUGGGUCUCUCCCUACUGGUGUCGGGGGUUGGCCGUCCCCCUACUGGGGCCCGUCGUCUCCCUCUCGGCUUCCCGGCUCCUCAGGGGCGUUUCCGGCCGUGCCAACGUCCCGGCCGCGCCCCGCCGAUCGGGAGAGGAGCUGUGGCUGCCGGCCACGCCGCAGCUGCUCCUCAUCGCGCUCGUCAUGCCUCGGCUCCGCCGCCCCCCCCCGCUGGCGCUUCUCCCGCGGGUCGUGGUGUCGCGCUCGCCUGCCGCUGCCGCGCCGGCGGCCCCGCCUCCCGGCCGUCCAAGUCCGGGGCGAGCCGGCGCGGCGAUCCCCGGACAAAGUCGAACUGGCCUAGCGAGGAGAGGGAGAGGAGCGAUGGACCAGCCCAGCCAUCGAGCUGACAAACCUCUCCUCGGUUCGCUGUGGCUGCCCCUUGGAGUCGUCAAAGGGACGCCCGUGCGCUCUCUGGGCGCAGCGCCUGUGGGCUUGGUGAGCGACCCGCAGGUUGGGCGCCUGCUGCGCUCCGGGGAAGAAGCGGCACCCGGUUUUGAAAGGAGGCAGCGGCAACACCAGGGAAGGGCCGAGGGGGAGGGGGCAUGGCGGCUGGCCGAGUGCCCUCCACCCCUCAUUGCCAGGCCGGUCUUCACUUACCUGGUCAGCAGCCAAGCGCACCAGCUGGCCUCCAAACAUGCCGAGGCUCCAGGGGCCGGCUCGACUUCCCUUCCCUGUGCCGACCAGUCAGCCGAGGAGAAGGCAAGGCAUGCUGGGUCGGAGGGAGGCGGAGCUCCCCGGCUUGCUGGGAGCUGGGACUUGGAGCACACUACACAAUGGGACUGGGCCAGUGGGCCACCGUCCAGACUCUUCAGAAAACAGAGGAAUCAGAUGCAUAACCAUUUAAGGCAAAAUAUGUGUCCGGCGCAUCAGAACAGGAACCUUGCAAAUGGACCCAGCCACCCCCGGCUGGACCCUGAGGAAAUUCAGAUGGCUGAUUACAUGUCUAAAAAUGUCCCGGUGACCGAGCAUGUCAUACAGAGAGAGAUGGAGACCACCUUUUCUGGGAGUCACUCCUGCUCGCCGUCACAUCGCUGCUCCACAGGGACUCCGACUUCAAGCCAAAGACAUGAAAGCCACACGUGGAGCAUGGAACGGACAGAAAGCCUGACUUCGGACUGUCAGUCGGGGAUCAUGCUGUCUUCCGUGGGAACCAGCAAGUGCAACAGUCCUGCCUGUGUGGAGGCUCGUGCGCGGCGGGAAGCCGCAUCCUGCAUGGAGGACCAGAGGAGGCCGAUGACCCAGUACAGAGACUCGGUGGAUUCGCUUCGAGACUCACCACACAGCGAGAGGUAUGUGUCUGCCUUGACAACACCUGCCCGCCUGUCCCCCGUUGACUUCCAUUGUUCCACAUCAGCACACAUGCCCACCUUUGAAAUCACCUCCCCGAACUCGGCCCACGCAGUCUCGUUACCCCCCGCGGCAUCCAUUAGCUUCCAGGUGGAAGAGCAGCAGCCGUUGCUCAGAAGGUACCAAGUCCCUUUCCAGGAAAUGCAGAGAUACGAUAGUUACUACCAAAGAAGCAACUACCUGAACGAGAGCACGGGGAGCUUGCCCUCCAGCCCCGUCCGUAUCAUCGAGGACGACGAGUACGAGACUACGCAAGAGUACAUCACCGCACUAGAACAUCCAAAGAGAAUAGGCAGCAGCAGCAGGCGGUGGAGGAGAUCGAAACUCAAUGGACAUCUGUCUCACAGGGGCAAAAUGCUCAGAGACUCCUUUUCGGUGAGCAGCGCCUCUUACAGCGAAUCUGACGAGGAGCUGGUAGCGGAAAGCACCCCUUUCUUAAGUAUUCGGAACACUGAAACGAUGGACACAGACUCACCCCCCCUGUACCGUCCAGCAGAGAGCAGGACUUACUAUUCCUUCGACAGAUGCAGCAUACAAGGAGACAGCCGCCUCUCACAUCCCACCAGGUCCAGCCAAGACUCAGCACCACCUUAGACGCCGCCCCCGUGGACACUUCCUCAUAGGCACUCCCGCGAACACACCCGAGCCGAGGAGGACAAAAACGAACAGAACAGACAAAUUUUUAUUUUAUAUAAAAGAGAGAAAAAAAAUAUAACAAAUGAAAUGUUUUAUUUUCAUUUUAGCAAUGGUGUCUUAUAAUAGCUAAUGGCAAAGACCGUUUUAUAAGGAAUCUCUAUUUAUAUGGAACAUCUUGAUUUACAGCUUCUGAGAAAAGAACAAAUCAUCAAAAAAAAAUUUACGAAAAGAGAUGGGCCAAUUUUUGACUACUUACAGAUCAUUUAAAAAAAAAUAUCGUGGUGCCUUUUUGCUGUAUGCUAAUGCCAGAGUCCAUUCUAAAGAUUAUGUUUAAGCAUCCUUGAGGUCAUAGGUUUUAUGUUCAGGACAACUUGUUAUGGAAUAUUUUAACGGGCACUUGACCAUUUGAAUAAUAACAACACUCUUUUAAAUUGCCUGAUAACUGGAUGUCGGUAAUCUAGUGCUUUAAAAUAUUGUGCGCUCCUUCUCACACACACACACACACACACACACUCAAACACACAGAACACUUACUCACUAAAAGACAUGUGAAUGGAAGUUUUCAUCAAUACCUUUCCCUUAGAGCGGAAACAAUAUGCACCAUUAUGAGAAAAUUGCAGCUUUGUUGUGAAGGUAAGAAGUGAAAAAGCACACAAUCAUAUUAGCCCUUCCAACCUAUCUCUUGACCUGAACAGAUCUAUGAACGAGGCCAAACCAGCUCAUCUUGUCACAACAUUGCGAGGGUUUAUUGCCACAAAUCUGGUAUCUCGGAUCAAUGUGGUGAACUAAUGCUUCUUCAAGCAUUGCUAGUCAAAAUGUGCUCCAGCACUAACAACUGGAGACUAGCGACUCAUAUAUAAGACUCUGAGCCACCGCUGUGCAUUUCUGCAGAGCAAAAAAAGUGCACGAUUCCCAGUGGCGUACCACUAAUGGGGACAUGGGAUACUGGGGAGGACAGGUGCUGGCCUGCAGGGAGGCCGGGGAGGCUCAGCGGGCGGCCGUCCGUGUCGCCCGCCUGGGCCACCUGCUGCUGAGCCCCGCCCCACUGCCUCCCCGCAGGCCCGGGGAGGGCAGAAGCCAGGGGGUGGGGCUCGGUGGUGGGUGGCUCGGGUGCAUGCCGUUUCGCCACAUGGGGGGUGCCCCGUGAUCCUGAUGCUAGCUUGAUCAUAAAAUGAAAGCAAGCCCCAUACUGGGAGUGUUCCGAAUGUUCCAGGUAGUGUUGAUGAGGUGUGAAUGCCACACAUAUUUUAAAAGUCCCAGGUGAGGUAAGGGCCUCGUGCCUUUCAGCUCAUCCCCCUGACCACCAGCUGUCCUCUUUUCCUCUGCCGCCUCCGUAUGCUUCAUCUCAUGCCGUCCUGACUCAACCCUCCUCCCAUGGAAAACAAGACCUCAGCAAGGGUCUGGGGUUGAAAAGUGUCCAUGUGCUAUUUACCAUUGUCACAUCCUAGCAUUCCAGAAUGACUUCCUGUUCAACAGCAACCAGGAAUAGCUGCAGUGUUGGCCCCAAGACAGCCAUCUGUGUACAGGUUGGCCAGAAAACUCCCUUGAAAGAGAGAGAGUUCCUCGUUCCUUUCAGUUCCUUGUGGGCCCCUCCUGUUUACAUCCUAGCCUGGCCUCUUUCUUUUUCGGUCUAUUUUGACUUCUGCAUGUCCUUUGCAUUUCAGAUACUGUAGAUUGGAUGCAUGGAGAAGCUGUGAUUGAGAAGAUAAAAUACAAUUGCCAGUGUAUUUCAUUUUAACUUUUAGCAAUAAAAAAUACUUUUAAAACCCUUUGUUCCUCACCCACAACAGGGUCCAAUAGAAACGCUGCUAAUUUGUCAUAAAGAUGAUUGUAAAAAAAAAAUGCUCUGGAUUGUCUGAAUGUCAGAACUCUUGACUGUUUAACACUUGAACUUUUUUAUAUUAUAAAUAAAAGUAAGAAAUGACUACCACCA